UUUUCUGUCAUUCUCAAACUCUCCCUUGAAGCGCCCUGAACGCGAAAGAAAAUUUUUGUGCGAAAAACUUUGCGUCAUAGAAAUUUUAUUUAAAAUUCUAGUGUUUUUCUUUGAAAAAUAUUAAUAAAUUUAAACGUAUUUUAUAGUAAACAUAAUCUUCAAAACACAAAAUGUCUGGCAAUCAGCAAGAUUAUGAUAAUCAAAAUGACGAUAGUCAAAACUAUGAUGAUGAUGAGAAUCAGGACCAAGAUCAAGACUAUGAUUCUCAAGAUGAUAAUUCACAAAAUAAUGGCGGUAACGAUGAACAGGAUGAUGAUAAUGACAAUGGCGAUGAUAAUGGUGAUGAUAAUGGUGACGAUAACGGUGACGAUAACGGUGACGACGACGAAGAAGAUGACGAUGAUGAAGACGAUGCUAAUGGUCCCAAAUAUAUACGUUUACGUGGAUUACCCUGGUCAGCUACGCAUAAAGAAAUCUUAGAUUUUCUUAAAAAUAUUAAUGUGGUAGGAGGUGCUGAAGGUAUACAUAUAAUAACCAGACGUUGGGAUGGUAAAAAUACUGGUGAAGCUUAUGUUGAGGUGAAAACACAACAGGAUGCUGCUAAUGCCAUGAAAUUGGAUAAUGCUAGUAUGGGUCAUCGUUAUAUAGAGGUUUUCAAUGCAUCCUCUAAAGAGGCCAAAGAAGCUUUGCGUAAAACUAGUGGUCAUGGCACUUCUUAUGUAGUUAAAUUACGUGGUCUUCCCUAUUCCGUUACCGAACAACAAGUUGAGGAGUUUUUCAACGGGUUGGAAAUCAAAGCGGAUCGGGAGGGAAUAAUUUUCGUAACGGACAGAAGGGGUCGUGCUACAGGGGAAGCAUUUGUUCAGUUCGAAAGCCAAGAAGACACUGAACAAGCCUUGGGACGUAAUCGGCAAAAAAUUGGGCACAGAUAUAUUGAAAUAUUCCGCAGUUCUUUGGCUGAGCUAAAACGUUCUACCGGCAAUAGUAAUGGCCGUGUGGCUCCUUAUGACUUAAAGGAUCGCGGUAGUAAUCGUGGCAGUGAUUAUGGUGGCAAUAAUCGUAAUAAUCGUUGGAGUGGUAAUGGUGGCUUUGGCGUAGGAGCCAAUAACACACUCGGUUUCAAUAAUUUACCAAACUUUGGUAAUAACGGCAAUUUCGGUAACAAUGGUGGCGGUAAUUUCGGCAACUUUGGUAACUUUGGCAACAAUGGCGGCGGUAGUGGUGGUGGCGGCAUGGGUAACUUUGGUAACUUUGGCAACAAUAACGGUGGAAAUUUUGGUAACUUUGGCAACAACAACCUUGGAGGUGGCAACUUUGGCAACAACUCUGGAGGUGGCAACAACAGUGGUGGUGGUGGUGGUGGUUUCAACCGUUUCAGCGGUAAUAGUGGCAAUUUUGGUAAUGAUUUUGGCGAUUUCGGCAACUUUGGCAAUGAUCGCGGUAACAAUGGCAUGGGUGGUGGUGGCAACAAUAUAGGAGGCAAUAAUGGUGGUUUCAAUAAUUUCGCCAACUUUGGAAAUUGUGGUGGCAAUAAUAUGGGAGGUGGUGGUGGAGGUUUUGGCAACAAUUCGGGAGGUGGUAAUUUUGGUCCCAUCGGUGGAGGACGCAAUGAUGAUUACUAUAUGAUCAUGAUGCGUGGUUUGCCAUUCUCUUCUUUCGAAAAUGAUGUCUUCAAAUUCUUUGAACCUUUGCGUCCCGCCAAUGUACGUAUACAUUACAACAAACAAAACGGACGUCAUAAUGGUACCGCCGAGGCUUUGUUUGAGACUUAUGAUGAUGCUCAAGCGGCCAUGAAACGCCAUCGUUGCAAAAUGGGCUCUCGUUACAUUGAGUUGUUCUUUAAUGGCAAAUCAAAGUCCAAGGUUGGUAAUAACUACAGCUCUGGUGGCAGUAUGGGAGGCGGCAACAGUAUUGGUGUGGGUGGUGGUAUGGGAGGAGGCAUGGGCGGUGGCAUGGGUGGAGGCAUGGGAGGUGGUGUGUUUUCAAGGCGCAUCUAAACGUUCAGCCAUAAAUGAUGAGUUUUAUAUAUAACAGCAACGUACUUUCCCCCUUAAACUCUUGCAUUUGUUAUACGAAUGUUGAGACAACACUAUCUCUAGAUUUUUUAUUAAAAUCUCUGGCUAUCCAUACAUUUUGACUCUUGUACAUCUAUUCCUGCUACUUUUCUAUAAAUUUUAUUUAUUUUCCUAAAAGAAUACUUUAUUUUUAAGUUAAUUAUGACUACAUAUUUUCCUUCAUUUUAGUUUUUAAUUAUAUUAAUAAUAACAAAACAAAUUACUUAAGAAAAACACACACGUCCUUUUUUUGUCUAAGAUUCCUUAAAAAUGCAAAAACAUUAAAUUAGACACUUGUAAUUCCUAAAAUGUAAACCUUAAAUCCUACAAAAUUUUGUAAAUUAAAUUUUUUUAUUUUUUUGUUUACAAUUUAAAGAAAAAAAAACAAACAUUUUCUACUUUAUUAUAACAUAACAGUUUAUAAAUAAAAAUACUUUAGUUUGUAAUCUAAUCAAGAGUUUAAAACACCACAAUAGUAAUGAAAAUAAAAAUGUGUGAAUGAAAUACACAUUAGGCUUAAUUUUAAAAAGACCUAAAUGAUAUAA